AUGGAUUACGCCAAGUCCCUCAGCCUGCGCCUGGCUGCUCCCGUCUCCAAAUGCGUCUCGGCAAGUGCCUCCAUGACCCAGCAGCUGCUGUCGAGCCCAGCCCCGCGACCCCGACCCUACCGCGUCUGCAACUGGGACCGCAGCCUGCGCAAGGGCAUCAUGGCACAGAGCCUCGCCGAGCUGCUGCGCCAGGCUCAGAGCGCCCUGCUCGCCCCAGGGCCCGUCUCACUGGUGCUGGAUGAGGAUGGCACGGCGGUGGAGACAGAGGCUUUCUUCCGGACGCUGGAGGAGGGCACGGUGCUGAUGGCCCUGAGCAAGGGGCAGACCUGGGCUGCCUCCAAGACGCCUGGCUACCAGCUGAGCCUGUCCAGCAAGCCCCCUCGGAGGAUCGAUGUCGCCUGCAUCACCUUCGACUUCUAUAAAACCAACCCGCGGGACCUGGGCUGCCUCAAUGUCAAAGCCACGCUCUACGGCACCUACAGCAUGUCCUACGACCUGCGCUGCUAUGGGGCCAAGCGGCUGAUGAAGGAAGCCCUGCGGUCCCCAGCCCAGGACGUGCGGGACCCCCAACCCAGGGUGAAGUUUGGGGAUACCGGAGGGACCUCCAGAUGCUGA